AUGGCCUGCCGUCAGCGCACCGGGGCUCAUGCCGCAUUUGCUCUUGGUCAGGAAGAAAACUGGACCCAGAUCUCAGAUGCUCAAAAGCGGAAACGUGUACAAAACCGUCUGGCUCAGCGCAGCUAUCGUCACAAAGUUCGUGAACGACUACAGGAGUUGGACCAGAUCAAGACUGCCGAGCAUGGCAAUGUCAGCCCGACGGGCGGCGAGCAGCUCAAGGCCUCGACCCGUUGCGCGAGUACGCUUGAUAAGAAUGCCGCCGUUCACGUGAAGACGACGAUGAUCACCUCCAACUUCCCAAACAUGUCACCCAGGUCAUCGGGAUCAUCGGAGAAUUUUGACUUCUCCUUGCCAACCUUCGGCGAACCCAUCUUCCCAUGGUCAACCUCACCCGAGAAGUGCGACCAGGAAUCAACCGGUAUCGACGAUUUCCUUGCAAGCCUCAGUUCCAACGAGAGUGCCCUGCCAACAAGCACAGAAGGCGAUGCAUUGAUGGUGAAUAACUCUGUCGGGAGUACCCAACUGUGGACCGCAUCCGUCUCUGAGACAACGGACUUUGGCUUCGACCUCUUCGGCCCCGUAAGCCCGUCUGCUUCAGUGAAGCAAGAAGCAGAGCUGAAGUUCACGGAGCUCAUGCUUAAGAUCCGUGAGGUAGGCUUCGUAGAUAUGGAAAGCAUGAUAUUCGAGUACUACUCUCUCCAGUUCCGACGGGACUCGCUCCCGUAUUGGCUACAGCGGAGAAGCCGGCAGCAAAAUCUGUGCCGGCUACUGGAACAGCUAUACGUGCACUCCGGAUCUUGGCCUACAGAGGACUGCGCACCGUUUCAGCAGGGUAUCAAGAAGCUCGCACAUCGAAUUGUGGACACAGAGCAGCUGCCCAGCAGUGCUACCCUCCUGACUUCGUCGUCGACCAAUGACGGUCUCUUGGCUUUUCCUUUCCCUACUGGCAAUGGGUUAUUAUGA